AUGACAAAGCCUUAUCCAAGACGUACACUUAAGACUAUUCUUAAAGCACAUAUACCUCAUCGUCGUCUUGCAAAAAAUCUUGAUGUUCUUGUUUAUCUUGAUUAUCUUUUAUUUCUAAGUACUUUAGUCCGAACAGCUACACUUGAAGCGCGCCAAAUGAAUGAAAAAACAUUACGUGUACCACAUCUUCAUAAAACAAUACAAUUAUCACUUGAUAGAUUUCGUGGUUAA